AUGGCCGCGCGCCUGGCCUGGCGGCACGCUGAGGGCUGCCUGCGGGCGCUCGGCCGCCCCGGGACCCCCGCCCCGGCCCCCGAGAGCCUGGCCGAGCUCUUCCAGGGGCUGGAGAUCUACAACCGCGUGGUGCAGGGGCUGGCGGAGGAGCUGGGCCCCGAGGCGGGUCCCGGGGGUCUCCCCGCUCCCUUCACGGUGGACGGGGUGCUGCGGGUGCUGGCGGCCGAGCGCGGCCGGGCCGUGGCCGAGCGGCUGCAGCCCCUCCUGCAGCCCCGGGGUGGGGACAUCAGGGACGGACACGUGUGCUGGGAGGACGUGGCGGUGCCGUGGCCGCUAGGGCACGAUGCUGCGGGGACGGACACGGGGACGGCCGCGGAAGGUUCCGGAGCAGAGGCGCUACCGGGGCUGGCGGCUGAGCUGCAGGAGCUGUGCCUGGAGGACGAGGAGCUGACGGGACACGUUUUGGGGGCGCUGGUGGCCUCGGCCGACAGCCUGUGGCAGCCGGUGCUGUCCGAGAGCCCCGAGCCCAUGGGGCCGCGCCCGGGCAGCGCGGGGGCGCCCGGUACCGCCCACUGCUCUGGGGGGCCGCGGGCGCCGCGCUGGGGCACGGCCUGGGCAGCCCCCCCCGCCACCCCGAGUGCCACCGUCGCCACGGCGCAGGAGCUGAGCCGCGCCCUCGCCGCGGCCCGUGUGCCCCCCGAGUGCCAGGAGGAGCUGGGGGUGCUCUGCCUGCGCCUGAUGUGCCGGAGCAUCCUCUGCAGCUGGGACAUGGAUUUCACCUGUGCCCUGGGCUCGGGGCUGUCGGACAAGUGCUUGGAGGUCCCGGGGGGGCCCCCGGGGCCGGGGUGCAGCCGCACGGCGCAGCAGCUCCGGCGCCUCUUCCCAGCCCUGGCGCUGGCCCUGCGCUGCCUGUGCCCGCUGCCCACCCACCCACACGCAUCCCCUGGGGGUCCCUGCCUGCGGCUGCAGGUGCUGAGCCGGUGUCUGGCGGCGGCGGCGGCGGCUCACGCGUGGCUGACGGGCAGGGCCGGGCGGUACCUGGCGGCCUGGGCACUGCCCCAGUUCCUGCUGCUCACCCAGGGGGACCUGCAGGUGCUGAAGGCAGAGACAGAGCAGCUGGCGCUGCAGGUGAGUGGGACAUUCCCAGAGCCGGGGGACACUGAUGGGGACACCCCCCCAAAGCCACUCCCCCUGUCCCCCUGGGAGCUCCAGCUGUGCCGGCAGAUCCACGGAGUGGCCGACAACAUCCAGCUCUUCUCCGGGGACGUGCUCCAGAUGUUCUCCACCAGCUGCAAGCGGCUCUCGGCCGAGAUCUUUGACCAGACGAUGCCACUGGGCCGGCACUGGCGGCUCGGGCCACGCGCCGAGCUGCCCAGCACCCCCAGCGCGUACGCGGCGGCCGCGGUGCAGGCGGUGCUGGGGCAGGUGCUGCAGGGGGCACAGGCCCUGCCCCGCGAUGCCCAGGCACCCACCCUGGCACGGGUCACCACGGCCUUCCUGGAGGCCUGGAUGGACCACAUCCUCACCCACAGGAUCAAGUUCAGCCUGCAGGGGGCCAUGCAGCUGCGGCGGGACUUCGAGGCGGUGCGGGAGCUGCUGUGCUCGGAGCGCUCCGGGCUGGCCCCCGAGGCCCGGCAGGCGCUGCGGGCGCUGCGCGUGUUCCGCCACACGGACACGGCCGUGCGCUGCCUCCUGCAGCAGCCCGGGGGGCGCGGCGGCCACACCCGCGGCUGGGCCGGGCUGCGGCGCUGCUGCUCGGAUGAAGGCACCCACCCCCUGGAUCCACCCCCGGACCCCCUGCCCGUUCUGGACCCGCUGGAGGUGGCGGUCCCGCUGCCGGGGCCGCCCCCGCCGGGCGCGGGUGGCGAUGUGCCGGGCGAUGUGCCGGGCGAUGUGCCGGGCAGUGCCCGCGGCGCCGCUGCCGAGCCGCCGCUCCCGGGCAGCCCCCAGCAGUGGCUGUCCCUGCGGCUGCACCGCGCCCGCCGCUGGAGAGUGCCGGGGCUGCCCUGCGUGGGCAACAGCCCCGAGGGCUGACCUGCAAUAAACCCACCCCACCCGUCCCGGCCACCUCUGCAAGGGGGGCACGGGGGAUGGGGGUCUGA